AUUGGAAACCAUGGCAUCUUACAGAUUGUAUGCAUACUUAACCCUUGUAGCUCUAAUUUUCUGUGUUGCAUAUGCCACUGAUCCUACCCAGCUCCAAGAUUUUUGUGUCGCAACUAAUGACCCGAAAAAUGCAUUGUUUGUAAAUGGGCUGUUCUGCAAGAAUCCUAUGGAAGUGAAAGCAGAAGAUUUCUUCGCCAAAGGGCUAGACAAACCUCGUGACACCAACAACAGACUAGGAUCAGUUGUUACUCCAGUAGAUACAGCACAAUUACCAGGACUCAACACCCUUGGAAUAUCCAUAGCUAGGCUUGACUUUGCUCCUUAUGGUGUCGUUGCUCCCCACACACACCCUCGUGCCACUGAAGUUCUUACCGUGUUGGAGGGUACCGUCUAUGUGGGUUUUGUGACCUCUAAUCCACCAGUUAAUGGUGCAAAUAAUAAGCUUUUUGCUAAGGUUCUUAACAAGGGAGAUGUAUUUGUUUUCCCACAAGGCCUCAUUCACUUUGAACUCAAUGUUGGCAAGACUCCUGCUGUUGCCAUGUCUGCCUUGAGCAGCCAGAAUCCUGGAAGAGUCACAAUUGCUGAUGCUGUAUUUGGUUCUAAAUCACCUAUCUCAGUUGAUAUACUUUCCAACGCCUUUCAGCUCGAUGCUAAUAUCAUCAGGUCAAUCCAGUUAAAGUUCUCCACCAGCUCUUAAUUCAGGACAAGUAUAGCUAUAUGAUUCAAUAAAAAACAAGUGAUAGCUUAUACAUAUAAUAGAAAAUUGUUUUUGUAACAGCCAAUGUCCAGAAAAUAUGGCAAAAUAAAGAUUUUCGAAUUUCUUUGAUAUAUCUCUAUUAUAUAAGCCAACUCCUGAGGGUAUUUAAGUAAAUUAA